AUGGCAAGCGACAGCGACGUAGACGAGGACGAGCUCCUCCAGAUGGCUCUAAAGGAGCAAGCCCAGCGCGAUGUGAAUUACAAAAAGCCACCCUCCAGCAACUCCCGCACUGCCCCCGUCGCCAAUUACGUUCAGCAGCCGCAGCCUCCUCCGCCCCAGCAGCCACGAAAAGCCGCGGCUUCUCCGAGCCCCAAAAACAACACCACUACCAGAAGCAACGCCAACAACCCGAAGCGGCGGGUGGUGGACGACGACGAGGAGUCCGAUGUGGACAUGCUCAGCAUCUCCAGCGGCGAUGAAGACUCCACCGCCAGGGAUCAGCAGCGUGUCCGCUUCCGAGGCGGCGGUGCUGCUUCUGCUGCUACCGCCAGAGCUGGAGCCCGGGACGACGAUGACCCUUGGGACGGUGGUGAGCCUGGCUGCUGGAAGCACGUCGACGAGGCUGAGCUUGCUCGUAGGGUUCGUGAAAUGCGAGAGACGAGAACAGCACCGGUGGCCCAAAAGGUUGAGCGCAAAGUGUCGUCGGCAGGCUUGGCACGAAAGGGGCUUAACAAUUUACAGUCCUUCCCUCGGGGCAUGGAAUGUAUUGAUCCCCUAGGCUUGGGGAUCAUAGACAACAAAACCUUAAGAUUGAUAACUGAAUCCUCAGACUAUUCGCCAUCCAAGGACGACAAAUUGGAUAAUAACCUUCGGGAGAAGUUGUUAUAUUUCUCUGAGAAAUUUGAUGCCAAGCUCUUUAUAUCGCGGAUUCACCAAGACACUGCUGCAGCAGAGUUGGAGGCUGGUGCUUUGGCUCUAAAAAGUGAUCUUAAAGGACGAACUCUGCAGAGAAAACAAUUGGUCAAAGACAAUUUUGACUGCUUUGUCUCUUGCAAAACAACAAUUGAUGAUAUUGAGUCAAAGUUGAAACGGAUUGAAGAAGACCCUGAAGGUUCAGGCACUUCUCAUUUGUUUAAUUGUAUGCAAGGAGUGAGUUCAUUGGCUAAUCGCGCAUUCCAGCCUCUAUUUGAGAGACAGGCUCAAGCUGAGAAGAUCAGGUCCGUCCAAGGCAUGCUACAGAGGUUCCGGACGUUGUUCAACUUGCCCAGUACAAUUCGUGGUAGCAUAAGCAAGGGAGAAUAUGACUUGGCAGUUAGGGAGUACAAGAAGGCCAAGUCGAUUGCUCUGCCCUCUCAUGUGGGCAUACUGAAACGUGUUCUCGAAGAGGUUGAGAAAGUGAUGCAUGAGUUUAAAGGCAUGCUUUACAAGUCUAUGGAAGAUCCACAAAUAGAUUUAACAAAUGUUGAAAACACAGUGAGGCUGUUAUUGGAGCUGGAGCCUGAGUCAGAUCCGGUUUGGCACUAUUUAAAUAUACAGAAUAACAGAAUUCGAGGUUUGCUUGAGAAAUGCACAUUAGAUCAUGAAACUAGGAUGGAGACUUUACAUAAUGAGUUACGUGAAAGGGCUGUGUCUGAUGCACGAUGGAGGCAGAUUCAAGGAGAUAUAAAUCAAUCUUCAGAUGUCAACUAUUCUCUUACUCUUGGCGACAACCACCUUCCAGUAGAUUCUCUUCCAGUAGACUUGACAGGUGAAGAAGUUGAUGCUCUUAGAGGGAGGUAUAUUCGCAGAUUAACUGCUGUACUGAUUUAUCACAUACCAGCUUUCUGGAAAGUAGCACUUUCUGUUUUCAGUGGGAAAUUCGCAAAGUCGUCCCAAGUUUCUACUGAAUCAAAUGCUAGCACUCCAGCAAAUAAAACGGAUGAAAAAGUUGGAGAUGGGAAGUACUCAACUCAUUCUCUAGAUGAAGUUGCUGGAAUGAUACAAAAUACAUUAACUGCAUAUGCAGAUAAGGUUCGUAAUACAUUUCAUGAUCUUGAGGAAUCAAAUAUUCUGCAACCAUAUAUGAGCGAUGCCAUAACAGAAAUAUCUAAAGCAUGCGAAGCUUUUCAAGCGAAGGAAUCAGCUCCUUCGAUUGCUGUAACUGCAAUUCGAACACUUCAGUCGGAGAUUACAAAGAUUUACAUCCUAAGGCUUUGCUCAUGGAUGCGGGCAUCAACUGCUGAUAUCUCAAAAGAUGAGACAUGGGUUCCAGUAUCAGUUCUUGAAAGGAAUAAAUCUCCCUACACAAUCUCUUUCUUGCCUUUAGCAUUCCGCAAUGUUAUGACGUCAGCAAUGGAUCAGAUCAAGUUGAUGAUUCAGUCUUUAAGAAGUGAGGCAACGAGGUCAGAGGAAGUGUUUAAGCAACUCCAAGAAAUUCAAGACUCUGUCAGACUUGCAUUUUUGAACUGUAUUCUUGAUUUUGCAGGUCAUCUAGAGCGUAUUGGAAGUGAGCUUGCCCAAAACAAAUCAAUCAAAGGAAGUUCACUUGUACAAAAUGGUUAUUCUCCUAACCUAGAAGAAAAGCUAAUGUCUGAUCUCCCAGGAAGUGUUGGUCCACAUCAACAGUUGUUGAUAGUGUUGAGUAAUGUUGGCUAUUGCAAAGAAGAACUUUCUUAUGAGUUGUAUAACAAUUACAAGCAUAUCUGGCUACAGUCUAGGGAAAGAGAGGAAGAUGAUAGUGAUAUACAAGACUUGGUGAUGUCUUUUUCUGUGCUUGAAGAGAAGGUCCUGGAGCAAUAUACUUUUGCUAAGGGUGUGCGUGAUGCUGCUGUGGAGUUACUGCACACUUUGGUAGCUGUGCAUGCAGAGGUAUUUUCUGGUGCUAAGCCCCUGUUGGACAAGACACUUGGCAUUCUUGUGGAAGGUCUAAUUGAUACUUUUAUCAGCUUGUUUCAUGAAAAUCAAGCGAAAGAGUUUAGAUCACUUGAUGCAAAUGGUUUCUGUCAGCUAAUGCUUGAGCUUGAGUACUUCGAGACUAUAUUGAAUCCAUAUUUUACAUCGGCUGCAAGGGAGUCUCUGAAGUCGUUACAAGGGAUACUUCUGGAUAAAGCCACUGAGAGUGUGACAGAAAAUGUGGAGAAUCCAGGGCAUAACCGACGAGCAACACGUGGAAGUGAAGAUGCGGUUGCAGAUGAUAGACAGCAGGGGACAAGUGUGUCACCAGAUGACCUGAUUGCCCUUGCUCAGCAGUAUAGCUCUGAGUUACUUCAAGCAGAGCUUGAGAGGACUCAAAUCAACACAGCAUGUUUUGUGGAGUCAAUUCCGUUGGACUCAGUACCUGAAUCAGCUAAGCGCGCUUAUGCUUCCUUUAGGGGCUCACUAGAUUCACCCAGCAGAAACUACAAAGGCAACACAGGAUCCCCAAGCUACUCCCGGAAUAGGCGUCGAUGA